AUGACCAUGACAUCCAAACAUACAAGCAGAGAGAAUUACAGCCAAUUUGCAUGCGUUGGCACAGGCUUCUCGGCAAUCUGUCUUGGCGCGACAUUGAAGCGUUGGUACGGCAUCAGUGAUAUCCAAUUCUUCGAGCGAUAUUCUGAGUUGGGCGGUACAUGGUUUACAAAUACAUACCCAGGUAUGCAUAAAUCCCAACAUUGAAGCAAAAUAAGUAUUGACUUUCAAUAGGCUGUGCUUGUGACGUUCCUGCUGCUCUCUAUAGCUACUCCUUUGAGCCCAAUCCAAAUUGGAGUCGGGUCUUACCAUCUCACGAUGAGCUCUGGCGAUAUCUUAACACGGUGGCAGAAAAGUAUGCGUUGCCUCCCAAAAUGGCCUUUGGGAUGAAUGUGGAGAAGUGUGAAUGGAUUGAGCAGCGCAAGAGAUGGCGCCUCACCGUGGGACAUCUCAAGACGAAUAGCGUGUUCUUCUACGAAUGCCAGUUUCUCUUUGCCGGGACAGGCCGACUUGUUCAACCUCGCGAGCUUGGAGUUCCGGGUGUUGAUAAAUUCCAGUGGUCUAUCUUUCACUCUUCGAAAUGGCCUAGAAAUCUUGACUUGGAUGGCAAAAAUGUCGUCGUGUUUGGGAACAGCUGUACUGCAGCGCAGAUUAUACCUUCCAUUACGCCUAAGUCAAAGCAUGUCACGCAGAUCGCACGAUCGAACCACUGGAUUCUACCACCCAUUGACAACGCCAAUGCAGCGCUUGUUCGGAACAUCUUCAAAUAUGUCCCAGGAACCAUGGCUCUGCAACGGCUCAUAAUGUUUCUGGUUGCGGAGAACGAACUCAGAGGGUUUCCCAUGACUCGAUCAGCAGCCAACUUUCGCCAUCGCCGCCGUGUCCAAGCGGAAAAGUACAUGAGAGAUACAGCACCAGCCAAGUAUCAUGACAUGCUGAUCCCAACGACUGAGGUUGGGUGCAAGCGGAGAAUUCUUGACUCUGGGUAUCUUGAAAGUCUACACUCUGAGAAUCUUACGUUGACGAACAAAACUGCUGUGGAGAUUUUAGCCAAUGGCGUUCAGAUGGACGAUAGCUUCAUUGAGGCGGAUGUUAUCGUCUUAGCUAACGGUUACAUCACCAAUACCUUUCUGGGAGGUAUCGACGUUAUUGGUCGAAACGGCUCGCUUAAAGCGCAUUGGAAGACAUACGGCGGUGCUGAAGCAUACAAUUGCUCCUCGAUGAGCGGGUUUCCUAACUUCUUCAUGAUUUUAGGUAGGUUUCUUUUGUGAACAGCGUGUAUUGACUUGUCCUCUAACCUUCUCCAGGACCGAACGCCGCCACUGGGCACACCUCUGCCAUCUUGGCUGCCGAGAAUAGCGUCAACUUUGCAUUGCGUAUCAUCAAGCCAAUUCUGUAUCAGGAAAGGGGCGUCGUGGACCUAGAUUCGAACGCUGAAGGCCGCUAUGUCGAGCGAAUCCAGCAUGAUCUUUCCAAGAGGGUUUGGAACUCGGGUUGCCAGAGUUGGUACAUUGAGACCAGUCCAGGAAAGGGCAAGACAUGGAAUGCAAUGAACUAUCCAUACUCUCAAACACAUUUCUGGUAUCGUAGUCUGUUCCCGACGUGGAGUGA